AUGCCGACCUCGAAACCCACUGAGGUCGACACGCUCAUCUCAAACGCUAACAACAACAACCGCCAUGACAAUGUUCCGGUUCACGGGAUCCGUCCCAGCACUUCCAUUGAAUCCCUCAGAUCGCGCCAUAGCCAUAUCAAGUUCGUCGACGAUGAGCAUGCCACACAGGAGGCUGAAAUGACUGCCGAUGGAGUGCUGAAUUCAUACGGUAACGCUUUCAUUUUGGUUUUAAUUCGGCUUUUAGGAACGUCAAAUCCGCAUCAGUUAAUGGUUUUCUGCACCAUGGCGUUGAUUUGGACUAUUAUGGCGCUGCCGUUGCUGGUCAGCGCGUUUUUUAUUGGAGAUCUGUGCCUGGACGAGAGGAAUUGCACAUUGACUCCGGGCAGCUUAAUCGAGGAGGUGAGGAGGCCUUUGUUUUAGCAAGGGCAAUGCUCAGGGCGAAGGUGAAGCGCUGAGAAUUUCUUCAAGUCGGAUAAACACGCAAUCUAAACCUUUGAUAUCUACAGUGGGGUGUGAUCUAGUGGCAAAAAAACGUACCAUUUUGCAUCCGGAAAGUAUUUAAAAUGUGGCAAAAUGCUUCCCUCUCCAAGCGAAAAAACUUCGUUUUGAAGAGUGCGCCAUUUUUCCUCACAAAAAAAGCGGGCGCGCUUUUGAAAUCUGACAAGGGAAGUCACUUAAGUCACGGAUCGAUUUUUAAAAACGACUGUUACAGCGAUGGGGAGGGUACGACGGAGAUAUCAAAUCUGAAAACCGCUACCUCCACCGGCCUCUGGGAGCCGAGAUAAUCGACCAAAAAGGUUUGACCAAAAAAAAGCUGCCCCAAAUAGUCCUCUCUUCCGAAAGAAGGAGGGAAGAGAACCGAAUGGUCCGGUGGUCUGGAAGCGCGCUUCCAGGCCAUGACCUUUUCAGGUUCGAAUCCGCAUGGGUCAAGUAAUUUAUUAAACUUUUCCUGUGAUCCAUUAAAUUUAUUUUUAGAUUUUUUGCAUAUUUUACGAUAAAAUUUCAGAGUAAUAAUUUAAAUACGCGUUCCAAACGAUUUGAAUUUUCAAGGUUGAAAAUUUACCGUGAAAUAGGCAAAAAAUCUAAAAAUUAAUUUUUAGCAAAUUUACUGGAUCACAGCAACUGUUUUAUAAAUUUUUCACAAGUUCGAAACCCGCGCGGAUUCGAACCUGAAAAGGUGAAGGCCCGGAAGCGCGCUUCCAGACCACCGAACCAUUCGGUUUGCUGGGUUCUCUUCUUUCGGAAGCAAGAAAUGUUCGGAAGAAUUUGGUCAAACCUUUUUGGUCGAUUAUCUCGGCUCCCAGAGGCCGGUGGAGGUAGCGGUUUUUAGAUUUGAUAUCACUGUCCGACCCUCCCCAUCGCUGUAACAGUCGUUUUACAAAAUCGAUCCGUGAUUUAAGUGACUUCCCUUGUGAGUCUUUUCGAGAGGAGAGGGUAUUUUGCCACAUUUUUGAUGCUUCCUGGAUGCAAAAUGGUGCGUUUUUUGCCACUGGAUCAGGUCCCCCACUGUAUUGCUAUCCUUUUUCAAUCUAUACCUUAUAUAAUCAUUAUUUCAGUUCCAUUUAGUCGGAGCCAAGUCUCAAUGGGCAGAUUAUUCAACGAUGACUUUUGUGUUAGGAAAUAUGUUGGGUGCGAGUACAAUAUCCCGAUUUUCUGAUGUGUAAGUCAUCAAAAGAUAUUUGCUGAUAUCACAUUCAUAACUUGUAUCGUUUCUAACUCGCUCUGCUUGCAGAAAAGGACGUCGUCCAGCAUUGCUCCUUAGUUUAUUUGGUCUUGGAUUAUUUGGAAUCGUCUCGGCCUACAGUCCGAAUAUCUUUGUGUUUAUGGUGUUCCGCCUGAUCCAGGGGAUCUUUUUGCCCGUAAGCCCCUUCCCCCAUUAUCACCCACUUUCAAGGGCUGCGGAAUGACGAAUUGGGUUUUAGCCUACGAGUCCACCUCCAUGAAGCUAAGAUCCUAUUCGGCGUUGGUGUUCGGCCUGUUCUGGGUGGUCGGUUACUUCGUCUUGGCCCCGAUUUGUUACUUCUUUGUCUCGUGGCGACACCAAAUCAUUGCCUCAUCGUUGCCGUCGCUAGUUUGCGCGAUUGGCUAUUAUUUUUUCCUCCCGGAGAGUUUCCAUUUUAUGGUUUCGAAGGGCAUGGUCGAUCAGUUAAAAGUGUGGUACAGAGCGGCCAAUCGAUGGUCCAAGUGGCCAAGAGAUGAGAAUGAGGUCGAGCACUUGGUAAAGAAGCAUGGAAUUGAGUCGCAAACAAGUGUGGAUAAAGACAAGAGCGAAGGAUUUAUCUGCACCUUGAUCAAGCAGAAAGUGCUGCUUAUGUACACCGCAGUUUUGGCGUAUCUAUGGUAUGUUGACAAGGAGGACUAAGAUUUAAUUUAAUUUUAGGACUUGUGACUCGUUUGUUUACUAUGGACUCUCCUUGAUUUCAACAACUUUGGCGGGGAAUCGGUAUGUGAAUUUUGUGCUCGCCGGAUUAGUGGAGAUUCCAUCUUAUAUUGUCUCUCCAUAUUUGCUGGAAGUAAUGGGAAGACGAGGAUUUGUUUCGUUCAUCCAUCUUCUCACGUCCUUUGCUUUUAUUGGAACAAUCUUUAUAACAAAUGAGACUGUUAGCAUGGUAAGUCGAGGCUACUUUAUAAGCGCAUCUUUGUAAUCUUGUAAGCGUAUCUUGAUAAUUUCUUGGUCGCCUUAGGGGUAUUGCUAUCAGGCAUACGACUAAUUCCUCUUCAGGGUUUCUGGUUGAUUGGCAAGUUCGGAAUAGCCUGCGCUUACACUUGUUUGUACGUCUAUGGCUCUGAAGUUUUCCCUACGGUUCUGCGAAGCGGUUGUAUUGGAAUCUGCUUGUUUUUGGAGAGAAUUGGCGGAAUCACAGCGCCAAUGGUCAGGUCAAUGGUAAGUUCCGAAUUUAGGAGACUGAAAGCUAUUCCAUAGUGAGGGACCUGAUCCAGUUGGAAAAAACGUAUCAUUUUGUAUCCGGGAAGUAUCAAAAAUGUGGCAAAAUGCUUCUCUCGUGCUCCACUGCGCGCCCUUUCUCUCAUAAAAAGAGUAGGCGCGCUUUUGAAAUCGGAGUUUUCAAGCCUGGAGAGGGAGGUAUUUUGCUGCAUUUUUGAUACUUCCGGAUCCAAAAUGGUACUUUGUUUGCCAAUGCAUCAUGUCCGCCACUGUAGCUUGCUACAUAUACAGAACAAAAAGGAAAUUUUCAGAGUGUCAUUUCUCCCAAUCUCCCCAACGUCUUCUUCGCAGUAACCGCCGGACUUGCUGCAUUAUUAACCCUACUACUGCCAGAAACCCGUGGCCUGGAACUGCCGGAUCUGACCUGUGAAAUCGCAGAACCUCCAGAGCGGAAGCUUUCAAGGGCGCCAUCGAGAAAACACACGAAUACCAAUUCUUCAGUAAUUUAG